CCCAAAAACAACCCACUGACCCCUCCUUACUGAUCAUCCCAUCCACUGCCCUAUAAAUUCCCUCUCUACUCUAACCAACUGCAUUCUUAGUGCUUCUCUCUCUCUCGUUUUUGUUGGCAUUUAUUGUAGUGUGAUUAAUCAUGCCUGCCCAAGUGAUGUCUGAGAAAACCUUCCAAGGAAGUCAUGUCAUGGCAAUGGAAAACGAUUCUCCCUCCCACAAAAGGUUGGAGGGAAAGAUUGCAAUUGUCACAGGUGGUGCUAAGGGGAUUGGAGAGGCAACAGUGAGACUCUUUGCAAGACAUGGUGCUAAGGUAGUCAUUGCUGAUGUUGAGGACACUCUUGGAAGUAUGCUUGCUGACAUAUUAGGUCCUCCUGUCACCUAUGUUCAUUGUGAUGUUAGUUCAGAAGAGGACAUCGAAAACCUCAUUAACUCAACAAUUUCUCGUUAUGGCCGGCUCGAUAUCCUCCUCAACAAUGCCGGGGUGCUCGGGAAUCAAUCAAAGCACAAGAGCAUAGUUGAUUUUGAUCCAGACGAAUUCGAUCAAGUUAUGAGAAUAAACGUCCGAGGAGUGGCACUAGGAAUGAAGCAUGCGGCGCGUGUGAUGAUUCCUAGGCGCGUGGGGUGCAUCAUUUCGACGGCCAGUGUAGCCGCGGUCAUGGGAGGGCUCGGUCCACACGGCUACACAGCUUCAAAGCAUGCAAUUGUUGGGCUAACCAAGAACACGGCUUGCGAGUUGGGGAAGUACGGUAUUAGGGUUAAUUGUAUAUCUCCAUUUGGGGUGGCCACAUCUAUGCUUGUGAAUGCAUGGAGUAGUAGUGAUGAAGAAGGAGAAGAGGAAGAAUGCAUGAGGUUUGGGACACCUUGUGAGCAACAAGUGGAGAAGAUGGAGGAGUUUGUGAGAGAUCUGGCCAACUUGAAAGGUCCAACUUUAAGGGCUAAAGAUGUAGCUGAGGCUGCUCUUUACCUUGCUAGUGAUGAGUCCAAAUAUGUAAGUGGUCAUAACCUUGUUGUGGAUGGUGGGAUUACCACCUCAAGGAACUGUGUUGGCUUGUAGUUGAAAUUUUUUCAUAUUUAAAUACAAUUUAUUUUUUGAUAGAAAAUUUCUUUUGAAUUGUAUGUACAAGCCAAACAUAAAUAUUUGUAUAUGCAAAGUGACGAACUGAGAGAAUUGUAUGAGAGGGGUUGCCACGGUUUGCAGUUGAUCGGAUCAAAAUCAAGACAAUUUAAUAUUUUUAUUGACCUAUACACGAAUUUUUAAAU